GCAGUCCCCGGCCGCGGGCGGGUGGGGUUUGGUUAAGUGAUAGCGGGGCUGGGGGUGGGGGGCCUAGAACCCCAUUUUCUUCCCCCUUGAAGAAACGUACUGAUGGAGGAGUAGAUAAGCUUUGGGGUGAAAUAGACGAAGACGGUAAACUUUGGGAUAGUAGAUGGAAGAUUAGCUCAGUAAGGUGGCAGGCAAGGCAGGUGCCAUGGCCUUGAUUGAAGGGGUGGGUGAUGAGGUGACCAUCCUUUUCGCGGUGCUUGCCUGCCUUCUGGUGCUGGCUCUCGCCUGGGUCUCAACACACACCACGGAGGGUGCCGACCCAUUGCCCCAGCCAUCAGGGACUCCAACACCAGCACAGCCCAGUGAAGCCGUGGCGGUCACCGGCAGCAUCAGAGGGGAGGCCCCAGGAGCCGAGACCCCCAGCUUGAGACACAGAGGUCAGGCUGCACAGCCAGAGCCUGGCAUGGGGCUCUCAGCAACAUCGCCGUCGCCAGACUCCCCCCAGGAGCCCCUAGUGCUGCGGCUGAAAUUCCUCAACGAUUCAGAGCAGGUGGCCAGGGCCUGGCCCCACGAUACCAUUGGCUCCCUGAAAAGGACCCAGUUUCCGGGCCGGGAACAGCAGGUGCGACUCAUCUACCAAGGGCAGCUGCUAGGAGACGACACCCAGACCCUGGGCAGCCUUCACCUCCCGCCCAACUGCGUUCUCCACUGCCACGUGUCCACGCGCAUCGGUCCCCCACGCCCCCCUUGCCCACCGGGGUCAGAGCCGGGCCCCUCCGGGCUGGAAAUAGGCAGCCUGCUGCUGCCGCUCCUGCUGCUGCUGCUGCUGCUGCUCUGGUACUGCCAGAUCCAGUACCGGCCCUUCUUUCCCCUGACCGCCACCCUGGGUCUGGCCGGCUUCACCCUGCUCCUCAGUCUCCUGGCCUUUGCCAUGUACCGCCCGUAGUGCCUCCACGGGCUCUCGGAAGCGUUGCUGGCCCCUCGGGACCUUGCUCCCCACGAAACAGUGGGCGCUGUUGUCUGCCCAGGCCCACCUCUCCGGCCUGCCUCUUCCCACUACCCUGGAGCCCAGCGCUGCGUGGCAGAGCGCUCGGGGAGGCGGCCCAGGCCCCUCCCUGUGAUCUCCAUGGCUCGGGGCCACCUCCUGGGGCUGCUGGCUCUCAGCCCCCAUUGACAGUCAGCUCCUCGGGGUCGGGCAGCUGCUGUCACUGCCUUGGCCCUGGGCAGAGCCGGGCUACACCCCUGGGCCCUUCUUAGUACUCUGCCUGAGGACCCAGCCACCUCUAGUCCCUAAUAGCUCCUUGGGCCGAUUUGAGGACCUAAGGACUGCGGGGGCGCUGGGGAAGAGGAGCUGGGAGGGGCAGAGGGAUUGUGUGGGACACGUGCAGAUUAAAUAACUGUGAAGUUUU